UUCAAAGCUCUGCACGCGUCGUUCUGUUCUACUGUAACGGCGCAGGACGCCGAGGUGCAAGGGGGAGGUUGGAAAUUGUAUAACUGCAGUUAGCUCAUGUCGGAAUGGGAGUCGGAGCGGAGAACACAGAAGCCGUGUCGAAGUUGUCUGCCAGCGAUGCGGGCGACAAGGAGGAGACGGGGCUCGUGCGGGCGCACGCUGUGAAGACGGAACUGGAGCCGACGGACACGGCGCACGAGGACAGAGGCACGUGGGGUCGGCGCCUAGAGUUCGUCCUCGCGUCCGUCGGCUACGCGGUGGGGCUCGGAAACGUGUGGCGCUUUCCAUACCUCUGCUACAGGAGCGGCGGAGGUGCUUUUCUCAUCCCAUAUGUGAUCAUGCUGUUUCUCUGUGGAAUUCCACUGCUCUUGAUGGAAUUUGCCAUUGGGCAGUACACUCGCCUGGGACCAGUACUCACGCUUGCCAAAAUCUGCCCUUUGCUAAAAGGUGUGGGGCUUGCCACUGUGGUCAUUUCCUUCAUACUCUGCACCUACUACAAUGUCCUCAUGACCUGGGCCCUCUAUUAUCUCUUCAACUCCUUUGGCACACCUCUGCCAUGGCAGUCCUGCAACAACACAUGGAACCUCGUGAGCAACUGCUCCACGGGUUUCCCUGGCAAUGCAACUCACCUUUGGUCCUCCAGCCAGCAGUUCUUUGAUUACAAGCUGCUGGAAAUGACCGAUGGGAUCGAGCAGAUGGGGGAGCUACGCUGGGAGCUCUUUGGCCUGCUCGUGCUAGCCUGGAUCAUCGUCUACCUUUGCAUUUUCAAAGGAGUCAAGUCCACUGGGAAGGUGGUGUAUUUUACAGCCACGUUCCCCUACUUUAUACUGUUCACCCUACUGAUCAACAAUGUCCAGCUCCCUGGGGCCAAUGAUGGAAUACUCUACUUUCUGAUGCCCAACUGGGGCAAGCUACUGGAAGUCCAGGUGUGGGUGAAUGCUGCUGCCCAGAUCUUUAACUCCAUUGGGAUCGCCUUUGGCAGCAUGAUCUCCAUGGCCAGCUACAACAAGUUCAACAACAACAUCAUCAGAGACACUUUAAUCGUGGCUUUGGCCAACUCGGCAACCAGCAUUCUUGCUGGCUUCGUGAUAUUUUCAGCAAUUGGAUACAUGGCUCAUGUCCACCAUCUGCCAGUGGACAACAUUGCCACGGAUGGGCCUGGUCUGGUGUUUGUAGUCUACCCUGAGAUAUUCUCCACCUUGCCUGUGUCCCAGCUCUGGGCCUCCCUCUUCUUCCUGAUGCUCCUCUGCCUGGGACUGGACAGCCAGUUUGCCAUGGUGGAGGUAGCAGUGACAUGCCUCAUGGAUUGCGUUGGUCCAAAGCUCCUCAAGGUCUUAAAGCACAAAGAGUUGGUUGUGCUUGCUGUGUGCACCAUUGGAUUUCUUCUUGGAAUCCCUCACAUCACUCAGGGAGGGAUCUACGUCUUUCAGCUGAUGGAUCAUUACACUGCCGUGGUGUCCCUUAUGUUCUUGGCCUUCUUCGAGGUGCUUGCCGUUUGCUGGAUCUUCGGAGUCCGCCGCAUUGCCUGCAUGGUGGAGAGGAUGCUGGGAAAACCUCCAAAUGCCUUCUUCCAGAUCUGCUGGCUGGUUGUCUCACCCCUCUUAGUUUUGUGUAUCCUUAUCUCCAGCAUUGUACAAUACACCCCAGCGAGAUACGGCAAGACGUACACCUAUCCAGCAUGGGCAGAAGUGCUGGGCUGGUUCAUCUCCCUGCUGUCUAUUGUGUGGAUCCCCCUGGGAGCCUUGCAUGAGCUGUGCACCAGCAAGGGCAAACUCCUGCAUAGACUGAAGGCAUCGCUGUUGCCCACAGUCGAGCUGGGUGGUGCCGAGAGACAGCCAGACAACGGGAGAGUGCAGAUGCCAGACUCCGUGCCCUUGAACAGCCCUCUCAGGAAGCUUGGUGUGGACAGCUGAGCGUUGUGCUCUCAGCAGGCUGCUGACACGGGGCUCACGUACACCUAAGGAUUGGUGCAGGUGCAGUCGACAGGGUAGUAGUUUGGGCUGCUGCUUUUGGAGCCGAAGGUUGCGGGU